AUGCCCCUGGUGGUACAAAAUAUCCAGAAAGUUCUCAAGCCAACUGGUCGUAUAUUGUUCCGCGAUUAUGCAACUGGUGAUCUUGCUCAGGAAAGGUUCACUGGCAAGGAGCAAAAAAUCAGUAAAAAUUUCUAUGUUAGGGGAGAUGGCACUCGAGCUUUCUACUUCUCGGACGAGUUCUUAAGAAAUCUUUUCCUACAAGAUGGGUUUGUCAUGGAAGAACAUGUCUUGUGUUGCAAGCAAGUGGAAAACAGAUCCAAAGAGAUUAUAAUGAACCGGCGGUGGAUUCAAGCUGUUUUUCGGGUGGUUAAUGACAAUAACAUUAGUGUUACCGUGCCUGAAGAUGAACAUAAGGAUCUAAAUAGGGAUUCGGCGGAAACUAAGAAAGAUGAUGCCGAUGGGUUUGAAAUUGACAUGUCCGAAGGAAUGGCCUUAGAAAUGUUCGAUAUUUCAUCUUCCAGUGAAGAGAUAGUCGAGCUUUCCAUAAACGACCUCCUUUUCAAGAUAAAAGUUCUUUCGAAGGAAUACCAACACACAUGCACAUCGACCGGCCUGAUGCUUUGGGAGUCCGCUCGGCUGAUGGCCUCCAUACUCGCCACAAAUCAGGGGAUUAUUGCCCGAAAAAAAGUUCUAGAGCUCGGGUGUGGAUGUGUGGGAAUUUGCUCGAUGAUAGCCGCUCGAUCGGCCGAUCUUGUGGUGGCCACCGAUGGAGACCCAAAAGCCCUCAAUCUCUUGGCCCAAAACAUAUCCGCAAAUACGGAAUCAAAUCUGCUCGAUCGUCUAACCGUGAAGAAGCUCGAGUGGGGGAAUAAAAAUGAUACAGAGGCCGUAAAAAAACAUAACGAGGAAGGUUUUGACGUAAUUAUUGGUACCGACGUGACUUAUGUAUCCGAAUCAAUUUUGCCAUUAUUUGCGACCGCUAAGGAAUUGGUUUCGAAGGGUGGACAUACUGAAAACGAGAAUGGGCCGGUUUUAGUGUUGUGUCACGUUUUGCGUAGGGUUGAUGAGCCUUCUAUAGUCUCGACUGGAUCGAAAUACGGGUUCGAGCUGGUGGACAGAUGGCCCGAUCGCACCUCAGGAGGCUCGUCUGAGGGUGUUAUUAGGAAUUGGAUUUCUGAUGAUCGCCGGUUUGAACUUCCAUCCACCGCGCUUAACAUUAUGUAUUUUCGGUUCGGUUUAGAUUGA